AUGUCAUCAUUUUGUAAGGAUAAUUAUUUCGGUAAUCGCUAUUCUAACGACACAUGGGGAUCAAAUGCUGCCAAUGAGGAGGAGGAGCAAUCGUAUCCGGGUUAUGGGGUAUACGGGGAUGAAGGUGGAUACGGAAGUUACAGUGGAUACGGUGGUGAUAGUGGAUACGGGGGUGAAGGUGGUUACAGUGGAUAUGGGGGCUACGGUGGAUACGAUAGAUAUGGGGGUGACGGUGGUUACAGUGGAUACGGGGGUGAAGGUGGUUACAGUGUAUACGAUAGAUCUAGGGAUGAAGUUGGAUACGGUGGAUACGAAGAACAUGGUGGAUAUGGUUAUGAGUCCCGUAACACAUCACUUUAUGAACCAUCUACCCCGGGCAAUCCAUUUCAAGUAAAUGAGCGUUUCAUGUCUCUAACUGAUUUGAAGAAUUGGGUACAAGAAACGGGAAAGGAUAAUGGUUACGUAAUUGUUACCCGCCGAUCAAAAAAUAUUGGCGGUACUACUGGGAUGGUAUGGCUUGUGUGCGACCGUAGUGGUGAACACCGUAGUAAAGCAACAGUUAGGAAAGCUGGUAGCAAAAAAAUCGGCUGCCCAUUUUCAUUACUCGCCAUCCGGGACGUGACGAACGACACGUGGGAGUUAAAAGUGGACUGUGCGAACCAUAACCACGAACCUACGACGAGUCUGUUGGGCCACGCUUUUGUGCGAAGAUUUACUAAAGCCGAAUACAAGCUAGUGGAGCAGCUAACUGCUCAAAACAUGGAGCCACGUAUCAUAUUUCAAACCCUAAGAAAGCAGUUCCCCGACAGCCUGCACGUUCAGAAAGACGUGCAAAAUGCGGUACAAAAAAUUAGAGCGACAAUAAUGGACGGAAAGAAUCCUAUUCAGGCACUGGAAAGCCUGCUGCAUGACCGCCGAUUCAUUUACGACACCCGACAAGAUCCCAAAACAGAUGUCGUAACAGAGAUUUUCUUUGUUCAUCCUUAUUCAAUCACUAUGUGGCGUGCAUUCCCGCACGUGAUGUUGAUCGACGCGACCUACAAAACAAACCUCUACAACAUGCCAUUUGUCCAGGUUGUGGGUAUGACGUCGACUGGGAAGUCUUUUUGUAUCGCACAUGCCGUUAUUUGUAAAGAACGAAGGGGUAACUACGUGUGGGUGCUUGAGCGGAUCAAGUCAAUAUUGCAUGAAUGUAUGAUGCCGCGUGUGAUAGUCACGGAUAGGGAGCUUGCCCUAAUAAACGCGUGUUCACGACGGGCUUAG